AUGUUGUCUCCCAUGCAAGGGAGAUAACUCCUUGGCUACAACGUCAAGAUGGCGGCGGUCGACCCAUUCACGAUGUACUCUGUUGUGGCAGGUUUUAUUAUGUUCAUCAUUUUAAUCGUGAGCCUCGUCAACAAGUUCUCUUCGUCUAAAACUGAAAACCCAGAAGUGGCAGUGAGAGCACCAAGUGCCAUCCCUCGAGCAGCAGAAGGUCCACCAGGAGUCCGAAGACGAGGCCCACGUCGUCGAAUGCGUAUGAGAGGAGGAGAUGAUGAGUCAGAUGAGGAAGAAGAGAAGGAAAGUGAUGGGGAAGAAGAUCUUGAUGUUGUACUCCAGGCAGAGGGAAAAAUUGGUGCCAAAAAGAUGCGUAAGCUACAGGAGAAGGCUGAGAAACGUGCUAUGAGGGAGCAAAUGGAGCAAGAAAGAGAGGAACGAAAGAAACGUGAAAAAGAAGCAGAUGAGAGAAGAAAGAAGGAAGAAGAACUUCAGAAACAGGAGGAGGCAGCAAGGGCAGAAGAGGAGCGCAAGAGAAAAGAAGAACAGGAGCGCCGGGAGCACGAGGAGUACCUGAAACUGAAGGAGGCUUUCACUGUGGAUGAGGAGGGCCAGCAGGACAUGGAGGCUGAUCUUGAUUCACACUCGCUGCUGCAGGAGUUCAUGACCUACAUUCGGGAGACCAAGGUUGUCAUUCUGGAGGACCUGGCAGCUCACUUUAAGCUCAAUACACAGGACGUCAUCCAGAGAGUACAAGAUCUCCAGACUAGCGGGGACUUGACGGGUGUGAUUGAUGAUCGUGGCAAGUUCAUUUAUAUCACUAUGGAAGAGUUGGAAGCUGUUGCAAAAUUUAUUCGACAGAAUGGUCGAGUCUCCAUUGCUGAACUUGCUGAGUCUAGUAACCGUCUCAUCACUCUUGACCCUGAUCUGCGCAGACUUCAGUCAGCAAGUGGUACACUUUCACCUGACACCUUGGUGGCCUGAUGAAAGUACUAUAUUCUCAUAGGUAUCUGACAUUGUGCUGAUAUAUAUUUUAUGUUUGAGCGUAUCAUGUCUGGGUUUUUUGUGUGUGUGUUUGCUGAGACCUUGUUAAAGCAGAUGUAUAAGAUGCACACCUGUUUGGCCUCUCUUGGACUUACCUGCUUCCAGGAGACUUAUUUAUUAAUUAUUGGAGGUAUAUUUACAUCCAGAUAUGCAUCACGUUCUACUGGUUGGUUUUUUUUUCUUUACAAAAUAAUUGCAAAUAAUCUGUAAAGGUAAAAAUAAAGUUGGAUUUGAUUUUGUCUCUAAAGAUCUAAAGUAGUCAACAUUUCCUACUAUUGAACAACUAUUGACUGCCUGAAAUUUAUUUUGUAAUUUAUGAUUCUUUAAAAUGAUACAUCCUAGGAGAAAUUCAAUACAUUAUUGGUUGGACUCGUUACAAAAGAAUAAAUACUAUGCAUAAUGAAAAAAAGCAACAAUAAUACAUUCUUCAAAAG